AUGCACGACCAUAACGGUCGAGAACUAAUUCAAGUACCAGCUGCAGUAGAGAUAGCAAAUUCAUCAAAAGGCACUCCGAAGGAUCAUGUAAUGAACAAGAUCCACCUAGGAUGUCCGCCAAAAUUCUCAGGAUCAUUCAUUUCUCAUUUCGCCUUCUCACUUCCACGAGAUGCUGAGUACAUUGGAAGCAAAAAUGAACAUCAAGCCUUCGAUAAUUCAAAUCAGAACCAGGAAGUUAGCUUGGAUGAUGAUGGCGAUCUUGCUUUACCUAGGCGCAACAAAUAUUCCAAGGACAAGCUUGUUUUGGCUAUCCAGCAUAAUAUCACCUCAUCAAUUUCAAACGUUGGUUUGCAGGUAUGGAGAGCGGAAUUGGUCCUAUCUGAUUUUGUUUUGCAUAAGAUGUUCACUACAUCUGAAUUUGAUGGGAUUGUGGCAAUAGAACUUGGUGCUGGUACAGGCUUGGUUGGUAUGCUACUUGCAAGGGUUGCAAAAACAGUCUUUCUGACAGAUCAUGGGGUGGAAAUACUUGAAAAUUGUGCAAGGAAUGUGCAUCUUAAUUCUGUUAUGCUACCUUCUAAAACUUGGGUUUAUGUACGUGAACUUGAUUGGAAGGCUUCAUGGCCCCCUAACCAAAGCAAUUCAACAUCUUCUCAUAGUUAUGGUUGGAAUUUAUCAGAAAUUGAAGAACUUGAGAGGGCAUCUUUGCUGGUAGCUGCUGAUGUAAUUUAUAGCGAUGACCUCAUCGAUGCAUUAUUUACUACUUUAGAGAGGUUGAUGUCACACGGUUUGAACAAGGUGUUAUAUCUGGCAAUUGAAAAACGUUACAAUUUCAGUCUUGAUGAUCUUGACGUCGUUGCAAACAGGUAUUCAUGUUUUCGAAGUUAUGUAAGGGAUGAAAUAAAUGAUGCAGAACACCACGAGCUUCUUCAAAAUGGAAUGGAAUGUACGUUUGUUGGCUCACGAAUUGAUCUUACAGAGAUCCCUCAGUAUGCGAAUAAUUACGAUCGAGGACAGGAUCUAGAACUCUGGGAAAUCAGGUAUGCAAGAAAGACAAAAUUAAAGGUUGAGGACACAUAUUACAAUUUACACCUGUAUUCAAUACAAUUCUCACUUUUGCCAUGA